UACAUUUUAGUAGAGCAACAAAAAAUGGGCUCAUUAUCAAGCUUCACCAAACCGUUUAAAUUAUCCCCUGGCACGAUCUUUGCACAUGUAUGAGGACCAGUCCGCACAUUUAAAUAGAGUUCACGUCCGUUGUCUCCGUGACUGUAACUUCAUUCAUGAUAUUAAAGAGUGAAUUUGGAGGUGAGAGAUUGAAGUUGGAGGUGAGCGUUGUGGUCCGAGCGUGUUGACACUGAUCCUAGCUUGACACUGCUGACAGGGCCUUCCGCCACCCCCCACCCCAUCACCCACAUAGCAAAGAGUGAUGACCUCACAGCAGCAUGGGAAUGCCAACCCUGCCCUCCUCUCUCCACAGAACUCUUCAUCCAGUCAGGGCAGGCAACACAUUCCGCGUUCUCCGAUAGACUCUUAUUCCCGAUCUGGGCUUUCCUCUCCUCGGAGAGGUUGGGUUGCUGCAUCCUCAUCAACAACAGCUCACGGUAACUCCCUUGCACUCUCUCUAAGCCGACUGGCUCCACCAUCGAGUAACUCCCCCUCUAAGAGAACUACUAGCCGUGUUGAGCCGUGGCCAGAAGAGGCAGUGGACGAUGCGUAUGGGCUUUAUUCUCUUCACCGCAUGUUUGAUAUUGUGGGUGCGCAGUUGACACAUCGGGAUGUGCGAGUGCUGUCCUUCCUUUUUGUGGACGUUAUUGACGAGUAUGAGAGAGGAGGGAUACGGAGUGGGCGGGAUUUCUUGCUUGCAUUGGAGCGGCAGGGGCGGUGUGAUGAGACAAAUUUCCGCCAUGUUCUUCAGCUGCUCCGCAUCAUCACUCGCCAUGACCUGCUGCCCUACGUCACACUGCGUAAAAGACAAACAGUGUGCCCAGAUCCAGUGGAUAAAUAUUUAGAGGAGACAUCAGUACGUUAUGUUUCUCCGAGUGGAGUAGGAGAGGCCCAGCAGGGCACUCCUCACAGAAGAACAGGACCCCAGCCAUUGAUCUGCUGUCCUUCUUCAGGGCCCCAGGUAUGCCCACCACGUGCUAAACCCAUCCCACCUGCACUAAGUAGGAAAAGGAAGAGAUCUCAUAUGACAGCUGACUGCAGAGAAAAACAGACCUGUGACAUACGACUGAGAGUGCGUGCGGAGUACUGUCAACACGAGUCAGCUCUACAAGGCAAUGUCUUCUCCAACAAGCAGGAGGCGCUAGAGAGGCAGUUUGAGCGUUUCAACCAGGCCAACACUAUCCUCAAAUCCCGUGACCUGGGUUCCAUCAUUUGUGAUAUUAAGUUCUCAGAGCUGACCUAUCUGGACGCCUUCUGGCGGGACUACAUCAACGGCUCUCUGUUGGAAGCCCUGAAGGGUGUUUUCAUCACAGACUCUCUAAAGCAAGCAGUGGGCCAUGAGGCCAUUAAGCUCCUGGUGAACGUGGAUGAGGAAGACUACCAGGCAGGCAGGAGGAAGUUGCUGAGGAACCUGGUUGCAGGGGGCGCUGGUGCGGGCACAGGGAGCAGGGAGGGUCCCUUGUCCUAGUGGAGGAAUUGACUCUGGCGGUAAGUGGGAGAAAUUAAGAGAGACCCUGAUGAGGAGAGAUUGGACACUAAUGAGAAGGUAUAAAUGAGGAAUGUAAACAAAGGGGAAGUGACUCUUAAAAGAAAGGUGCCCUAUGAGAAAAGAGGCCGGGAUUUGCAUCUCCAGCUAACACGGAUGGAAAGAUAGAAGUUAAAUGGAAAGUUGUAUUAUUUGUACACCGAUCAGCCACAACAUCACAACCACCUGCCUAAUAUUGUGUAGGUCCCUCUCAUGCCACAAAAUCAGCGCCAGCCCGCAUCUCAGAAUUCUGAGAUGCUAUUCUUCAUACCACAAUUGUACAGAGUGGUUAUCUGAGUUUCCGUAGACUUUGUUCGAACCAGUCUGGCCAUUCUCUUUUGACCUCUCUCAUCAACAAGGCAUUUUCAUCUGCAGAACUGUCCCUCUCUGGAUGUUUUUUGCUUUUGGCACCAUUCUGAAUAAAUUCUAGAGACUUGUGAGUGAAAAUUCCAGGAGAUCUGCAGUUACAGAAAUGCUCAAACCAGCCCGUCUGGCACCAGCAAUCAUCCAUGCUAUUAUCUAAUCAGCCAAUCAUGUGGCAGCAGUGCAUAAAAUCAUGCAGAUACGGUUCAGGAGUUAAUGUUCACUUCAACCAUCAGAAUGGGGAAACAUUUUGAUGUCAGUGAUUUGGACCGUGGUUUGAGUAUGUCUGUAACUGCUGAUCUCCUGGGAUUUUCACACACAACAUUCUCUAGAGUUUACACAGAAUGGUGCCAAAAACUAAAAACAUCCAUUGAGCGGCUGGUCUGUGGACGGAAAUGCCUUGUUGAUGAGAGAGGUCCACAGAGAAUGGCCAGACUUGUUUGAACUGACAGAGUCUACGUUAACUCAGAUAACCACUCUGAACAAUUGCGGUGAGAAGAAUGGGAUCUCAGAAUGCUACUUUGAUAUGCAUAUUGGUGCUGUUUUAGCGGCAUGUGUGGAACCUACACAAUAUUAGGCAGGUGGUUUUAAUAUUGUGGCUGAUCAGUGUAUUUUAUUUUGAGGAUCUCAAGUUGUGGAAAUAAAAGAUGAUGGGGAAAGUAUCGGAUAAAGAAGGCAUUUCAUUUCUUUUGUCUGUUUUCUUGCAUAAACAACACUAAUGCUUUUGUUUUUAAUCUUGUGUGAAAUGUUUUUGUUUUUUUCUAAGUUUCCAUCAAGUCUUGUUGCACAACCGUUUGGUCUUAGGGAAAUUCUUCUGGUUAAACAAAACCUGUUUGCCUCAAAGAUUAACAAAGAGGGUGCAUGAUGAUAGACAAAUCUGAUUUGCCUUAAAAAAAACUGUGACACUGCGACUGUGACAUUGUUUCAACCCAUCAAGAAAUGAUUCCCCAUCAAGAAAUGAUUCCCCUAUCAAUGUUGUCUAAAUAGCCAUCCAUGUUCAGGUUUGGUAAAUCACAUAACAGCUUCUUGGCACACUGCAAUGCUUUACCUUCACUUUGGAAUUUUGAAACAGGACAAGUUCUCAGUUUCUGUUUAAUCAUUGAGGUUAUUGCACAUUUGGGUUGUCUUGGCAAAUUCACAGUGGGGAUUGGCCAACAUUGAAGAUUCUGGGGCAUGGAGAAUUAAGUUUUCAGUAUCCCUUUUGAAAUGCUUUGUUACAAGUUGUGUUUUGAUGCAUGUCACUGUAAUUCUUUCUUUUGAUUUUGGCAUGUCAACUUUUGUUCGAAUUUGCAACUUCAUGAUCCCUCUUGUCCAGAAUUUCCCAAAAUAAUUAUGACACAUGGGCUCUAUAGGUUAUACUAAUAUCCUUGUUUGGACCAAAAUAGUGCUUCGAAAUGUAUCCGUAUUGUUUGUUAUUGUUUGGCAGAUUUAUUUGAAAUUUCUGGGUCCAGAGUUUGUUCGUCACUAAUACAAUACCGUGUAGAGAUAUGACUAUGUAAAAGUUGAAAUGCAUGUGAUGACAGUGUUUGAUUAAGGCUUUGUAGAAUUUUUUACAGAUACAAAUGGAUUAAUUUUGUUAAAUCAGAAAAAUAAUUAGGUAAUUCUGAAAUUUGUGCUAGUAAGAUAAAACUAAGGAUUAUCUAAAACAAAAAAAUUAUCACUUGCAGCUAUGCAGAACACCUGAAAGAAGCUUAAUCUUUAUUUUUUCUUGCAGUGGUGCAUUUAAUGUAAUUUCACCUCAUUCUUAGGAACUGCUUCUGCCAGGGGUUCUGUGCUAAAAAAUAUAUAUAAAAAAAUCUGCUUGAGCCUCUGUCCAACAAGUCUUGAAUGAAACUUGGAGUUUGAAUAAUGUGAGUAACUCAAAAUGUGCCAACCUGCUGUGCAACCUGUGUUUUAACAUGACUGAAGUGAAACAAAUGCCUGAGCAACAAAAAUCACAAGAUGUGUUGUUUGACUGACUUGAGAUCUUUUUGCUAUAUUUUUAAAAUACCAAAGUUGUUCCCAAACAUUCUCUAUCUCUCUCUUCCUCUUCUCUGUCUUCAAUUCAUUCUUUCCUUUUUUCUAUCUGUUAAGUAUAUGUAACUGUUGAAAAUUGAAAGAAUUAAAACUGGUGAUUUGUGGGGUACAGUGAAACAGACAUUUAGAGAAGUUAGCUGUGGAACAAUUAGCCUAAUGCUAUUAUCAUUACAUAAAGAAGAAAAGCAUUUUGUAAUGUUUUCCUAAUGGAACAACUAAACAAAGUUACAGACUGGUAUAUAUAUUAUAUAGGGUACAUGUUCUAUUGAUUGUGUUCAAGUGUUUGUCUUUAUAUCUUGCAUGUGUAUGACAUUGAUCCCCUUAAAUAUCACACAGUGACAAUUGAGCUGUGGUCUGUAAAUUUGAAAUAUCUAGACAUUUCUAACCUUUUUUUAUACUUUGUUUUUCAUAGAGAAAGAAAUGGGAUUGCUACUUUUUGGAGAGGUGAGAUGAGUAUUCUCAAAGUGACAUUAGAACAGAUGAAGACGGAGCACUUUAUUUUUUACUCAAGUAUUUCACCUAUUGUAACCAUAUAUAGUAAAACACCAUUCCAAAAUGUAGGAGACGUUCGGCAUCAUCGGCCAUCUGUCACAUUAUGACUCUGAUUUUUGAAUAAUUUUAUUUUUGUUGACCAUGCCGGCUGUUGUGUUAAGUGAAAUAUUUACGUGCAAAAUAGACAGUUGGUUCAUUCAAUGUCUGUACAAAUCAAUAA